AUGAGUUUUGAGUUGAAGGGUGAUGCGAGUCGUCCGGAGGGGUACGCGGCGAUCGAUGCCGCGGCGCGAGAGGUUGGGGCGAGAGCGUUCGCGUUCACGGAUUACGACUGGGCGAGCGCGGAGUGGCGGGCGAAGAGAACGGCGUUCGAACGGCUCUUGAGAGGACGACGACCGGUCGUAGAGUUCGCGUGGGCGGCGAGGGAUGUGGAGGAUUUCGCGGUGAAUGUGAGCAACGUGGACGCGAGGCGGAUGCGCAAGCUCGGCGGUGCGCGCGUGGCUUUUCCAUCCAUCAAGAUGACUCGCGCGUGGUUCGCCGAGGCUUCGAGGCAAAAGAUCGACGUCAUUCCGUGGAUCGUCGACGAUGAGGAGAGCGCGCGUAAAGCCCUGAGCGUCGGCGCGAAGGCGGUGAUAUCGAACGUGCCAUUAAGAAUGCGGCGAAUCCUCGACGAGAUGUGCAAGGAACGGCGAGGGAAAUUUUAG